CUGGGAAUUACUUCCCAAUUAACCAAAGCUUUUGCUUUUAAAACGAGCGGGAAUGGGGGGAGAGCGCUGGCUGGGUGCUUGGUAGCUCUUACAGCUGUAUGGUGGAGGUGUGUCUGUUGAUCACAGAUGGUGGCUCUGUCGGUGUGGUGUGGCAACCUGAACGUGACCAUGGCGGCUGAGGCGUACAGCCCCUCUGAAGGGGGCCUUCUGCCUUCAUCGGUAGGCUUAGUCCUUCCUCACUUGAAUGACUCUGAUAAGCUAAGUAGAUCCUACCCGUGGAUCAGCAAAAGCAGGAAAAGUCAGCUCUCUCAACUCUGCCGGCUUAGAGCAUCUCUGUCUGGGGAGGAGUGGAGCCCUUACUGUUUGUCUUCACUGGCAGCUUGUAACAUUUGUACCAGCAAAACUGGUAACUUGUGGGCUAAGUGGGAUUCUGCCUCUCUCUCUACUUCCAUUGGAAGUUCUGCUUCUUGUUCCUUUUUGCCUGCCCUUGCUGUGGAGGAAUCCAGCCAGCACCUGUCAACUGCUUCACGCAAUCCAAACAAAGCCAUCUUCACAGUGGAUGUCAACACAACAGAGAUCCUAGUGGCUAACGACAAAGCCUGCAAGCUGCUUGGGUGCAGUAGUCAGGAACUCAUUGGUCAAAAGCUGUCCAGCUUGAUAUCCAAAUCUAGCCAAGAGCUAUGGGGAGCUGUGGGUGAGGAGUACAUAGGAACUGAUGAAUGUUCAUCGGUGGCUUCAGGAACUGUGGUGGAUGUUAUAGGCCGUCUCAAAGAGAAGAUCCCUGUCUCGGUGUGGCUGAAGCGAAUAAGAAACAAGGACAACCAGCGUUGUGUGGUUGUGCUGGAACCAGUGGAAAGACUUUCAGCUUCUGUUUCCUUCACGGUUAAUGGAGAGAUUACAUCAUGUGACCUCAUUUUUGCCCAUCUCCAUGGCUACCCAACAUUGGAAGAAGUAGUUGGGCUCCACAUAAAGGACCUGAUUCCUUCUGUGCAGAUCCCUCCUCUGGGCAAAAAAAUCCCAAAGAACCUCAGGAUCCAGCAAGCUGUAGGCCAGUCCAGAGAAGGUAACAAGUUUCCUCUCAGUUUAAAGCUACAAGUAAGCCUUCCGGAGGAGGAUGAGCAAGCAGCAGUGCAGAAAGAUGGUGUUGUGGAGACAGAAAAAGAAGGCUCUUUCACAGGCUGUCAUUACUCUGCUACAGUUGUGGUUUUCUCCACCAUCAGUGGUCUUAUUACUGUCCAGUCAGAUGGGACCAUCUGUGGCAUCAAGGAUAGUUUUGCUUUAAUGCUCUUUGGCUAUGAGAAGAAAGAACUGUUGGGAAAGAACAUUACAUUCCUGAUCCCUGGUUUCUAUAACAACGUGGAGAGAAGCAGUGACUGUUCUUUGCCAUUACCCCCUCUUGACGACUCCACAGGGACAGAGAGUGAGUGCAUCUUUGAAGAUGUUAUUGCCUGCCAUACAACUAGCUCUGGCUGCUGGAACAAAGACAGCAGCUUCUUGGCUGCAUCUUUAACAAGCUUUCUGUCAAGAGAUGAAGAGCAGAAAAUGGAACCAAGACACAAAGAUGACAAAUUAGUACAUGAUGAGACUAAACAAAAGAAUGGGAUCAGUUUCUUUUCUACUCCCUCACCUAAAGUGGCAUCCACACCCUCUAAUAGUGAAGACAGCACUGCUACCGAUGGGCUGUCAGCCCGCCAUAGAGCACCCUACCCUGAAACCUGGCUUGACAGAAUCAAAGCAGUGGAACGGUGUAGAACAGUGGAAACUGCAAGAUCAAAUAAUUCUCAGAAGAUGCUCUCUGCAAGGCUCUCUCCCACGUCAGCUCAUUUGGAACAGUUGGAUUUAGGUCAGAACAUGAGGAUUCCAGUAAGAAGCUGUGAUAGUGCAGUAUCUGGUACAUCUGAGACUCAAAAUGCCAGUGAGACUGGUAUCUUGCCUAACCAAUUACAAGUUCAUCAUCAAGACCUCGAGGAAGUAAAUUGUCAGCAGAUCUGUAGGUUGCCAUAUGAAAAGCUGAAGCAUCAGCACUCCACUGAUGUCCGGGGACAAAUGUCUUCAGUAAAUGUUGCCUGGUCAUGUGUUUGUUCAAGGCUAGAAGACAAUCUAGAUAGCGAAUCCUCUGGCUCAGUUAAGCCACCUUCUAAUGAUACUUGUAACUCACCUGGAACACCAACAAUAGAUGAGCCAUGGUCUGGGACAACACCAGACUGCAGACAAGACUUUCAAAGGCACAUGGUUACAGGGAAGUUGUCAAAACCAAACUUGAUGCAUGAUGCAAAACAUUCCAGCCUUGAGCACACUGUUGUUGCAAACUGCCUGCUGAAUGAUGCUUCAUCCUUUGCAAAUGGGAGAAAUCCUAUCCAUGAUGUUUGUUCGGGAAAUAAAAUGAGUUGCAGUGCUUCUGCACCAGGAGUUGCCACAACCUCUAAAGAUGUUAAAGAAUCAGACGCUGAGCUGAACUGUGUUUGCUCUGGACUUGAGGUACUUGGCCUGAAUAUUGGCAUCAAGGGGAACCUGGACAAUUGUUUAGGUGUUACUACAGCUCUUGUAGCAGCAUCCUCCUCUAAUGCAGUGGACUUGGCUGUAGGCAGUAUGCUAACUCAGAAAAACAGUGCCUUUUCAACUGGGCAAGAAAAGCAGCUGUUGAAUGGUGUUGCCAUAGAAGGUGGUUCUGGGUGGCUGGCCUCCCAAAGGCAUUUAGAAAACUCUGAAGAAUCUUCCAAAGCAUUUCUUGAAAAGCCUAAAACUCUUGCAGAGACUGUGGGGGGGGACGACAUCAACAGAAACCCACUGAAAAGCAAAGGUAGUCCUGAAGAAGACUGUCAGUUGCAUGGACAGCAAAAUAUAGAGAUAAAAGUAACAUCGACCCCAGUGAAACAAGAAGGAAGGCUGAAUCCAGCAGCACCUUUCACCCUGGAGAUUCUGGAAGGCAGCUACACUGGGAGUUGCUGUCACAGAGAUGGUUCACAAUUAAGUAUAGUCUUUGAAGUGAAACGUGUAGAACUGCAGGACCCUGCCAUACUUUUCUGUGUCUGGGUGGUGAAAGACCUUCUACAGAGCCAGAAGGAAGCUGUCGCAAAGACUCAGCUUUUGCUCUCCAGUCUAGCAAGCUCUGCCCAGUCUACUGCAGAUCUUUCUACACAUAGUCUUGGAGAAGCCAUCAGAUCAAUCUCACUUUCUGAGAAUUCCCGAAGAGUUGAAGAGCUUGAAAGAUUAAGGGCAUGUGAGGGAGAGUAUGCAAAAAAUUACAACACUCUCAGUCUUAUUGGGAAAGGAUCUUUUGGCUUUGUCUGGACUGCCAGGGGCAAGAAAGAUCACCAGGAGGUUGUCGUAAAGUUCAUCUGGAAGGAGAGGGUGCUUGAGGACUGCUGGGUAGAUGAUCCUGAUCUGGGGAGAGUUACUCAAGAAAUUGCAAUCCUGUUGAAGCUGCAGCACCCCGGUAUCAUUAAGGUGCUGGAUGUAUUUGAAAAUGAACACUUCUUCCAGCUGGUGAUGGAGAAGCAUGGAUCUGGUCUGGAUCUCUUUACAUUUAUCGAUAAUCAGCCCAACUUGGAUGAGCCAUUAGCAAGCUAUAUAUUCAGACAGCUUGUAUCAGCUGUCAGGUAUCUCCACUGCAGAAACAUUCUUCACAGAGAUAUCAAGGAUGAGAACAUUGUCAUUGCUGAAGAUUUCACAAUUAAAUUAGUGGACUUUGGUUCAGCUGCCUACCUGGAACCUGGCAAAUUGUUUUAUACCUUCUGUGGAACAAUUGAAUACUGCUCACCAGAAGUGCUGUAUGGCAAACCGUACCAUGGCCCUGAGCUGGAGAUGUGGUCACUUGGUGUCACCCUUUAUACCCUAGUAUUGGGUGAGAAUCCCUUCUGUGAGCUGGAGGAGGCCAUGACAGCUGUCCUGAAUCCUCCUCGGCCUGUGUCAAAAGGCCUCAUGGAUUUAAUCUCUGGGCUUUUGCAUCCUGUUCCAGAGCAGCGCACGACUCUAGCAAUGUUAGCAGAGGAUCGCUGGCUGAAGCAGCCUGUGAACCUGGGUGACUAUACCUGGGAAGAGGUAUACCACUCUGCUGAGGCAGAAAGCAGAUUUGGAAACGGUUCUGGUGAGAGCCCGCGUGGAGACAGGCUCCCAGCUCCUCACGUGGAGAGUGAGCACCGAGCACGAGGGUGCAGAGCCCACCCCGUGGAACAACAGCUCCCUGGCCGCAGGACGCACACCGUCACUGGAGAAGCAGCAGGAAUUAAUCCUGAGUGCUCCUCUCUUGUAGAAAGAUUGCUGCGCCUGCCUUGUAGAAAAAGGAGCGCGGAGCAGUAGGCAGGGCGGCCCUGAGCUGCUCCGCCUGGGCACGAUUCUUCUAGAAGAGCUUCUUGCUACUAAGCACGUGUGAUUGUUCUUAUACAGGAUCUGUUUUAAAGCGGCGAGGUGAAGAUUUUAACGUCGUCUUUAAAUUGUUCGUAACUCGGAAUAUAUUUUUCUUGGCUGUUUUUACUUUUUGUAUGUUUCACUCUUUCUGAAAAGUGAAUGAAUAAACAUCUUUGCCUUGGUUGA